UAUCCUUAAACUUCGUCGCCGGUUGAGUUUCCAAGAAAGGACAUUGUUUAAACUUUUAAAUUGGUUUUCUUCAAUUUUUAAGCAUUUAACUACCAAAAUGGACGACGAAACGGAGGUUAUAAGAAUCGAGGCUCUUUGUAAAUCCCUAUAUGAAUCCCAGGACGCUAAUGAAAGGCAAGGAGCUGAGAAAGCCUUGGUUUCAUUUCAGAACAGUUCAGAGAGUCUAGGAAAAUGUCAGAUGCUGUUAGAUCGGGGAAACUCCCCAUACGCUCAACUCCUCGCUACAACAACAAUCACUAAACUGGUUUCAAGAUCUACACAGAUCCUGACAAUGCAGCAAAGAGUUGAUAUAAGAAACUAUGUUCUCCAUUACCUUUGGUCUCAGCUUAAACUUCCACCCUUUGUUGUACAGGGUCUUGUUACACUGUACAGCAGAAUAACUAAGUUGGGAUGGUUUGACUCGGACAAAGAUGAGUUUGUCUUCAGAAAUGUUAUGAGUGAUGUCAACAAGUUUUUAAGCGGAUCUGCUGAACAGUGUAUGGUUGGUAUUCAGCUUCUCUCCCAGCUGACAUGUGAAAUGAAUCAGAUUAGUGAGGCGGAUGCUAGCAGAAGUCUAACAAAACACAGGAAAAUUGCAUCUUCCUUCCGAGACAGUCAGCUGUUUGAGUUCUUCCAAAUGUCCAGUAGUCUACUCAGAACUGCUCUGGAAAACAAGAAGAAUCUAGAUUUCACGGAUUCCGCCCAGCACGGUCUUCUCACACAACUUCUCAGAUUGGCACACAACUGUUUAACCUUUGAUUUCAUCGGAACAUCUACAGAUGAGUCUUCAGACGACCUGUGCACUGUUCAAAUACCAACAACAUGGCGUCCUGCUUUCCUAGAAUACUCUACACUGCAGCUUUUCUUUGAUCUGUACUUCUCUCUCCCUUCAUCCCUAUCCCCGCAUGCACUAGCUUGCCUAGUCCAGAUAGCUAGUGUCAGGAGAUCAUUGUUUAAUAAUGCUGAGCGUGGAAAGUUUCUAAACCAGCUGGUGGCAGGGGUACGAAAAAUCCUGCUUAACCCUCAGGAGUUAUCUGACACAAACAAUUAUCACGAAUUCUGCCGUUUGCUUGCUCGUCUCAAAUCCAACUAUCAGCUAGGAGAACUAGUUACUGUAGAUAAUUAUCCGGAGUGUAUUCAGCUGAUGGCCAAGUUUACUGUUGAGAGUUUACAGAUGUGGCAGUUUGCUCCCAACUCAAUCCACUACCUUCUCUCACUCUGGCAGAGGAUGGUGGCCAGUGUACCCUACGUUAAGGCUACUGAACCCCAUCUACUGGAAACCUAUACUCCUGAAGUGACCCAGGCAUACAUCACCAGCAGACUAGAGAGUGUGGCUGUCGUUGUCAGGUGUACAAUAUUUAUGAAAAAAUGUCAUUGUAAUAAUUUUGGUGUUGUUGUAGCUCGAUGUGAGUACAGUAAAUCCUGUCAACUUCUAGUUCAACUCUUUGAUACAGAUGCACGGGCUUAUCAGGAAAUGUGCAGUAAUCACACAUCUAAAAUUGAUCUGGCGAUAGCUGAAGGACGGCUAACCUGGCUUGUUUACAUUAUAGGAAGUGCAGUAGGAGGACGUGUAAGUUUUAACAGCAUAGAUGAUCAUGAUGCUAUGGAUGGAGAACUGGUUUGCCGCGUACUACAAUUGAUGCAAUUAACGGAUAGUCGUCUUAGUGAGGGUGGGUGUGAAAAAUUAGAGUUGGCCCUCCUCUCCUUCUUCGAGCAGUUCAGAAAAAUAUACAUUGGAGAUCAGAUUCAGAAGACAAGUAAGGUGUAUAGAAGAUUAUCUGAGAUUCUUGGUUUGAAUGAUGAGACAAUGGUUCUCAGUGUAAUCAUCAGAAAAGUGAUCACUAACCUGAAAUACCUUGGAUCCUGUGAGCUUAUAAUCAACAAGACUCUUCAGCUGUUGUCUGAUUUAUCUGUAGGAUAUGGAACAGUCAGGAAACUGGUUAAACUGGAAGAGGUUGGUUUCCUAUUAGCUAACCAUACAGCUGAACACUACCCGUUCCUAGGGGCAAAUGUGUCUGUUACUGAAAUGCGUUGCAGGUCUAUGUUCUACACUUCUCUGGGUAGAUUAUUGAUGGUAGAGCUAGGCGAAGAUGAGGAAAAGUUUGAAGCUUUUAUGAUUCCUCUUACUACAGCGUUCGAAUCACUUGGUCAGUUGUUGUUGAGUGGAAACUGUACUGAGGAAGUACGGAAGACGGUGAUAGGACUAUCAAGAGAUCUCAGAGGAAUUGCAUUUGCAUUCAAUACUAAGACAAGUUAUAUGAUGCUGUUUGAUUGGAUUUAUCCAGCCUAUACUCCUAUACUACAGAGGGCUGUAGAUAUAUGGUAUCAGGACCCACAGGUGACAACUCCCAUUCUAAAACUGUUUGCUGAGUUAGUACAGAACAGAAGUCAGAGACUUCAGUUCGAUGUAUCCUCACCCAAUGGAAUUCUACUGUUUAGAGAGGCCAGCAAGAUCAUUUGUACAUACGGUAACCGUAUCCUGGACGUUAUUGUGCCCAAGGAUCAAAUGUAUCCUCUUAAACUUAAGGGUAUUUCAAUCUGUUUCAAUAUGCUGAAGAUGGCGCUGUGUGGAUCUUACGUGAACUUUGGCGUCUUUAGAUUGUACCGAGAUGAUGCUCUGGAUAAUGCUCUUAAUACAUUUGUAAAACUACUUCUAUCCAUACCUCAGACUGAUCUGUUGGACUAUCCAAAGCUUUCUCAGACUUACUACGUACUCCUGGACACACUAGCACAGGAUCAUAUGGCAUUCCUGGCUACCCUGGAACCUACGGUGUUCCUGUAUAUUCUGGCGAGUAUAUCUGAGGGUCUACAGGCUCUAGGUGGGAAUAUUAGUUUCUUGGCAGGCAAGCUAGAACAGCUAGUCUUUAGUUCGCAUUCAGUUAGUUUUCUUUGUUUUUUUUGCUUGCCUGUGAGUUGGGAGAGUUGUAAUGUUGGGUAAAAAGUCUUUCAUCAAUUU